GAAAAAGAGAAAGAAAGAAUGCUUUUAUUCGACCGGACUCGGAACAGAAUUUGGUAAGCGUUGUUGUUCUGAAACUUUGGAUUUGAUCUGACUUUGUAUUAAUAUUUUGGAAUAUUAUUUCCUUGUGAGUGGUUGUUUGAUUCUUUGACGUUUGUUUAUCUUGCAUUUCACAGAAAGAUACUUUUUUUGGAAUAGGACGGAUACAAACUAAAAGUCUAAUGUGGUAGGGGAACUGCAAGAUUAUCCCCCCAUACUGUAUUUCUGUCUUUGGUGUUAUGCAGUAAUACGUAGUAUUUACGAUGAGCUCACAGGCCAAAUGCACUGUGGCAUUGUUCAGUGGCAUACUGUGCUUACUGUUGUUGUGUUGCCAAGCAGAAGAUUCAAUUUCUCCCACAGGACCACCAUCUUUUAACUCAAAUCUUCAUGUUGGAGAUCUGCAUGCAUCAACAGCAGAAGAUAUAACUCUAAAAUGCCCUCUGUCGGGCAUUCCAACGCCUAAUAUCACAUGGUCAAAAGAUGGACAAUUGUUAGAAGAACACUCGCGUGUAUCAUUUAGUGUUCACACAGCAGUGAUUUUGGCUGCGGAAGUUGGAGAUUCUGGGAUUUAUGGAUGUAACGCAACAAACAAGUUUGGCUCAAAGGAAGCCUUUAUUAAUGUCACUGUUACAAAAAUGAAAGCUGGUAAAAAUGCUGGCAAAGCUCCCCAAUUUUACAAACAGAUGGCAAACAGAUACUACAUUGCUGUCGGCAAAAACCUAAAGUUACGGUGUCCGACUGAUUCAUCCCCACCCCCAGAAAUUGUCUGGUUGAAGAAUGGCAAUACAAACUGGUCUCUUGGUCAGCAUACAAUCAUUGAGGAUAAGCUGAAAUUGAAGGGAACUACGCUAGAAGACAGUGCAACCUAUACUUGUAUUGUCAUUAAUGACUUCGGUUCUGUUAACUAUACGUUUGAAGUGCUCGUAAAAUACCCUGGUAAGCCUUUCUACUUGGUAGAAGAAGACCAUGGUUACAUGCAUGCUGUUGAGGGCGAAGAUGUGACAUUGGCCUGCCCGAUAAUUGGCAUACCAAAAGUGAAGAUCCAGUGGUUGAGAUCAGCUGAACAAGUCCAAGAAAACCGACGCAUUACAGUAUCCAACACUGAAUUAGUCAUCAUGAAUGCUAACAUGUCAGAUACAGGAUAUUACCAAUGUAUUGGUAAUAACAGUUAUGGCAAGUUGACGAUAAAUAUAACACUUAAUGUCACAGAAGCACCGCCACGCGAGAAGUCGGCACCAGUGUUUAACGUUGAAAUGCGACCACUGGUGAUCGUUCCAGCUCAGAAUACAAUUAAAUUGACUUGUCCAAUGGAUGCGUAUCCCACACCUAAGAUAACAUGGUUGAAGAACAAUGAUCCCUCUUGGAAACGUAUUGGUGGCAAGGGUGUUCAAACCGAUGGAAAGUUGAAGAUGCGAGAUGCUUUGCCGCAUGAUACUGGAAAUUACACUUGUAUUGUAGAAAAUGAGUUUGGUUCCAUUAAUUACACCUUCCAAGUAAAAGUCCAAGAACGUCUUACUCAUCGACCAAUUAUCAAGCACAUUAAACCAAGUGAGAAUGAAACUGUCGUUGAGGGCUCUACAGUGACUUUUUCAUGUUCAGUAUUGAGUGACCUACAUCCGUACGUGGUUUGGCUCCGCUGGAAUGACGGCAAUGCCACCAGAAUAGAGAGUCAGCGUGACGCACUAAUAUCAGAAUGGGGGGAAUUUUAUCAGGAGCAAUGGUUAGACAACCCAUUCUGGAAUUGCAGCUAUGCUACGAGUAUGGUCUUCAAAAACCAAACAAUUUCACCUCUCACGUGUCUUAUAUCAGAGACGCUUAACACCAAAGAGGGGUCCACUGAUCUUACCGUGGAAGUGUUAAAGUUUGAAAGCGUGUCUGUUAAUGACACUGGCCGUUUCUCCUGCGUUGCUAGCAACACCAUAGGAAGGUCCCAAGAAGAUGCGUAUUUGACUGUCAUUCCAGCUAAAGAUCUAACAACGGCCAAACCAGGAGGCAUAUCACAUGUGCCUACAACAUUAAAGAACUCAAGUUUGACGUUAAUAAUAUGUGUUGUCAUUGGCCUAGUCAUCGUAAUAGCCACAAUCCUCACAAUCUGGGCAUGUUGCAGACCUAAAAAGAAAAGCCACCACAAACACAUCGCUCGCGUAAACGACAAAAUGGUCUUGAAUCGACAGAUUGACUGUCACUAACAAGAUACUAGGUGAAGGUGCAUUUGGUCAAGUGGUCAUGGGAAUUGCAGUUGGUCUGAAGGGUACAAAAGGGCAGGAGCCGUACACCAUUGCUGUCAAAAUGCUAAAAGCCAAUGCUACGGAUCGUGAGCUGUCAGAUUUGAUGUCGGAGAUGGAUAUGAUGAAGAAUAUUGGGAAGCAUGUCAACAUUAUUAAUAUGCUGGGUUGCUGUACACAAGAAGGUGCACCAUUUGUCUUAGUUGAAUAUGCACCGAACGGGAACCUGCGUGAUUUCUUGCGCAUGAGAAGACCUCCGGAUGGUAUCCCUCCAGAGAAGUUGGUGUUGAUGCCUGAAAACCAGACGUUGACCAAUAGGGAUCUGUUGUCCAUGGCCUACCAAGUCGGAAAAGGAAUGGAAUUCUUAGCAUCCAAAAAGUGUAUUCAUCGAGAUUUAGCUGCAAGAAAUGUAUUGGUUACAGAAGACUUGGUGAUGAAGAUAGCAGAUUUUGGUUUAGCCAGAGACAUUCAUUAUGUUGAUUACUAUAAAAAGACAACAGAUGGACGCUUACCGGUGAAGUGGAUGGCUCCUGAAGCGCUGUUUGACCGGGUCUUUACCACAGAGAGUGAUGUCUGGUCCUAUGGGGUUCUGUUGUGGGAGAUCAUGACACUUGGGGGAACACCUUACCCCAGUGUUCCAGUUGAAAAAAUGUUUGAUUACUUAAAGGCAGGAAAAAGAAUGGAACAACCACAGAACUGUCCUUUGGAAGUAUAUCACAUCAUGAGAGAAACAUGGCAGACCAAUCGUGCAUUCCGUCCAAACUUUGCACAAUUAUCAGAAGAUCUUGCAAGGACAAUAGAAAUGUCAACAAAUCAGGAGUAUCUAGAUCUUGAAGCAUUGGGCGAUCACCCCAUUACUACAUUUCUUGAAAGCGAAGUGGAUUCGGGAAACUCCAGCUCGCACAGUCGGCACAGCAGCGAGUCGACUGUGUGAGAGGCUUUCGGCAACAAGAGUCAGCAUUUUGAGCCGUCCAUAAAGACUCGUGCACAGCUCGAACCAAUCAGAACAUUUUAAAUGGUUGCGUUCAAGAGCGAAAUGGCCAAUCAGAGACUUAAAAGUGUGCUCUGGAUACUGACAUAUUGAUGCUUGUAUCGCUGCAAAAUAAAGAGAUGCUACAAUAGAGAUAGAGUUAUCUUGCAAUUAUAAUACCAAGAUAGAAAAAAUACAGCAAGCACAGAAAAAAAUAGAACAAACUGAAAACGUCAAGGAAUUCUUUUUUAUAUUCAAAGACUUGUACUGGAUCUUGUGCAUUUAAUUUCACAAAUGUGGAAAAUAUAUGCUUCCUAUGAAUUUAUUUGAAGGAGAGGAAGAUCUUGAAAAACAAGAAACAUUUUUUAAAAACAGUAUCAUGAUAUAUGACCAAACCGAAAACUUUGUAUCAAUUGAUUUUGUGGGAUCAAUGCAUUUAAAGAUCAUGCAAAGAAGUUGAUGCAGUAGUGAUGAUAUGAGGAAAAAAUGAAAACAAUUUAAAGGGAUAUUUUAUGGGUUGUACAGCAGAUCGAUUGUUUGCUGUGUUGUAAAGAAAAAGUAGCCAGCCAUUCUAUUUUCUGAGAGUUAAAAUAAUUUUCUUAAAGAUUUUAAAGAACAUAAAUCAGAGAAAAUUGAUUUGUUAUAGGAAUAUAUAUAUUUGAAUUUUUACAUAUUUUAGUUUAAAAAUUUCAAAUUUACUUGGGCAAGAUAUCGAGCACUUUGUUGAGCGUCUUUCUGUCUCAAUUAUUUGUACAGUUGUUAAAUUUCAUGUAAUCCAUAAUUUAAUUCAUUUAUUAUCUUUGUUUCUUUAUUCAACCGAUUAAAUUGGUGCUAUUAUGUAACAGAAAGGAAUACAGAUAAAUUUUGGGUGUUUAUUUUAGACUAUGCCUUGAGGGUUGCUUCGAAUGAUGAAUUUGAAGCAAGUAAGUUGCAAUGCAGCUAGAGAAAAAGUGCUGCAUUUUUAUUGCUUUGGUAAGGAGAACUGAGACAAUGAAAUCUUAAUAUUUUACUUGAAAAAGAAAAACUUUUUAUAUUUUUUUUAAGAAAUAGCAAGUUUGAUUAUAUGUUAAUUAUAUGGAGAUUGCCAGUUGACGUAACAUACAUCUCGCGAUGAUAAUUGAUAUUUUUAUGCUGGACUUUUCGAGUGAAAUGGUUCUGAUUUUGAAAAUAAAACAAAAAGAAUCAACUCCAUUGAUAUAAAUUCAUAAAUGUUCAUUUUGAUUUGUUACCAGCAUUGUAUUCAUGUUUGUAACCAGAAAGUAUUCUUUUGGGAUUUUUCCACCGACUUCAUUGAUGUUGAAAUUUUUUACAAUUCAAUGUACAUUAAAAAUGUGUUGAAAGUGUAUCCAUGUUGUAAAGACAUUGACAAUGACAUAAAAAAAAAUAUUUUUCGAAACUUCCCUUUUCAAACCAACCCUCCGAUUUUUUUUUUUAAGCAUGGUAUGCUCUCUAUAGUUUUAGAAUUGAUGUAAAUACAUGUAAUUUAACUUAGCAGUAUAGGUGAUAAUUUUCUUGUAGAUUAUCAUGAAAAUGAAAAGCAAGAAUCUUUUUAACUUUUCUUGAUUACCAGAAGAAAUAAUAAUUAAAAUAAGUGUACAGUGUAUAAAUGUGUUGUUUGACUGAAAUACGACAUCACUUUUUUCAUUUAUUCACUUACACUUUUCCCAUCUUUUGCAUGUACAGGAAAUUUGAUAUAUCUACAACUCAGCUUUGUUUGUGUGUACCAAUUUUAAUGGUAUUAUGCAUAUUAGAUUUUAGUUACUGUAUUCAAAAAAAGGUGUAUAAAUGGGCCAAAAUUAUGAAAUACUAGGUUUGUUUGUUUGUUUGUUUUUUUUUUGUUUUUUUGUUUUUAGGCAUAUAACUUUUUGCUUGGUUGUUAAGUUAAAUUAUUUUUGUUGUUGAGCAACACAGUAUAUUCUGCACUCAAUACUUUACUAUUGGCAUUAAAGUACAUUCUCUAGAUAUUUAUUCAAAAGAAUAUUUUUUGAGUAUAUAUUAUACUGGUGGGUACAUAUGGGUAUGUUACGUGUACUGGCCAAAGAACUCAAAGAUAAUGUUGCAUGUAAAGAACCUGUAGGCAUGUAAGUUAGGUAUUUGUGGUAAUUGAAUGGAGUAGACUAUUUCGAGGACAGCUUCAGUGACUCAUGUGACCAGUUUUAUCUUGCAGGUUUUCUAAGCAUAAAACCAACAGGUUUUCCUUAAUAUCAAUACCUAUCAUAUAACACGGCAGUCAUUUUCAGUUAUAUAUAAUUGAAAUAGUAUAUUAUAUAGUAGUGUAAUAUACAUUUAUAUAAAUUGUAUAUAUAUAGUGUGUGUGUAUAUAUAUAUAUAUAUAUAUAUAUAAUGUAUAUAUAUAUAUAUAUAUAAUGUAUACACAUAUUCUUCUUGUUUACUUGAAUAUUGUACUUGCCCCACCUGUGAAUAUUUACUAUAGUUAUAUGUUAUGUACAUGAUGGAUCCUUAACAUGGAACUAAAUUAUAAAAUGGUAUAUACUGUAAUGUGAGAAAUAUAUGGAAUCUAAAAAGGUAAUUGAUCACAAUUCCAUAAUGGGUCAAAUUCCAAGUAUGAUGAUCAAAGUUAAACAUCAUUCUAAAUUAGAAUUUAUUUUAAUGUUUUUAUUCCCUUUUAUAAAUGAAAAAUAUUUCAAAUUCUUUUAAAUUUUGUCCUUUUUUUCUUUAUUGUAUUAUUGUAAAUGUUUGCCAUAAUUAUAUUCCAUUGCAUAUCAAAUACAUUACAAUUAUAUUUGUUUGAAUUAAGUGGUUAAUCAAAUGAAAUUUAUCCAUAAAAAUCAUUUUUUAAGAAGAAAUUGGUUUUUAUUUAAGAAAAUACAGGUAUUUAUGUACUAUACUGCCAAAAGAGAUAUAUUCGGUAUUUUUCAUUCCAAAUUUUGAGAAGAUUGAAAGUGCAUAUGAGGUAAAUUAUUAUUCAGACUUUACCAAGUUUGGUUCUGUUUUAAAACUUUGAUGUGAAGGAUUGAUUUAGAAAAUACCUCAACGUGCCUUAUACAAUGGAUAAAGUUGGUUCAAGUUAACUCAAUUAGUUACCCUGUUAUGUUUAUAUUGUUUUUGGUUGCUUUUGCAAAUUUUGUUAAUAAAAUAAGUUUGUUCAAAGCA